GGUAUGGUGGGUGUUUUCUUCCUGUUCAUUGUGCUAUGUCAUCUUGUUGAGUCAGCAUUUAAUAGCUCUGGUUAGAAUUAGAAAUCUCAGAAUUUGAUUGUUCUCUUGUUCCUUUAAGAAUACUAUACAAGGGCUACUGUCUCUGUUACUGAGUCAUUCUUUCUCUGCUAUGGAUUCUACUGCAGAUUUAAAGAAAGCAAGGUGUUGUGAGUACUGGGCUGAUCUGUUAGAAAGGCUUGCAGCAAAGGAAGCAGCAAGGGAUGUUAGUAUGGUAUGGGAUGUCUCUCAACAACUUUAUGAGGAAGCCGUCAGUAUAUUUUGCAAAGAUUUAAAAACUUCUGAUGUUUUAGUGAAAACAGUAAUUCUUUCUUUGAGCCAUGGUUUGAUUCACCUAAUCCCUGAGGAUUGUUUUCAGAUUUUUGAUGCCUCUUGUAUUUUCCAUUCAUUAAAGUACAAUCUUCCUUCAUUGGAUGCUCCACUAAAGGAAGAUGUUAUCAGGUUCUUUAUCAGCAAAUGCAAGCCCUUGAGAACUGCAAUAAUAGAAGGAAAGACUUUACCAGAGUCUCGAAAGUGGCUUUAUCAAGAAGGCGUGUUGUCCCCAAUAAUAUAUCGCUGGUUAUUGUUUCGCCGUGACAUGAUUACGCCAACUUUAUCUUUACUUGAGUUAUACAUUGAUGAUGAACAAUAUGAAAUUGUUACUGCUCUCCUUGAGCAUCUGCCACCUUCAAAGUCAAAUGCUUUUCAAAAAUUGAUUAAAUUUGCUUGUAAGAGUAAUAAACCAAAGAUCGCUUUAUUGUUGCUCGAAAAGAUGAAAUCCUUCCCAAUUAAUUUUUUGCAGAAUUUUAUAAAGUGGUGUGACGAGGAGCAGUUGAAGGAGCAUCUUCAUGCCUUGAGUCCUGAAAAGAAAGGAGAGUUUUUACACUUUUGUUUCUGUAGUCCCAAACCUGAAACAAGACAAAGAAGUAUCAUUGCCACUGCUAUCUUGGAGUCUGGAAACAUAGAUCCUACAAAAAUCAACCUUGCUGAAAUCCUCAAAUUUUUUAAUUAUCUCAUUUCCUCCGAUUUAUCAUUUUUGAAAAAACUUCUUGAUAUAGAUGUUUCUCUUGAUUUUAAUCUUCGGACAAUUUUUGAUGAUUUUAAGAACAAGGAAAAAAAAAUUGAGUGUGUUAAACUAGCCUGUAUUUUGCUAGAAAAUGGAGCAAGUAUUGAUGGCUUAGAAGUUGCUUACAGUGGGAAAGGUGGGACUGUUGUUCAUGCUGCUACAGAGUUAGCUCUUCAAACAAGCUGCUUUCAAAUUUUAAAGUUGACUUGUGAUAAGGUUGAAGAUAUAAGCAGCUGCCUUUAUGAUGAAAGGAAGAUGACUCCAUUACACAUUGCAAUGAAACAAACAGAAUGUAGUCCAGUUUCCUUGGAAAUAUGCAAAUACCUUUGUCAUGAGAUUAAGAUUGAUUCCUGUCUUAAAGAUUGCAAUGGUAAGAUAGCAGAAGAUUACUGUAGAAAUGAGAUAGAUGAACGGCUCAUGAUCAUCAACGAAGCAAAGUACUCCCAUCCUCUUGCUUUGGAAGAGGUACAGAAAGAGAAAAUAUUAGAAAAACCAGCGAAAAAGGUUUGUCCAAAAAAGGAAAGAGACAAAGAAGUUUUGCCAAAACUCAAAACAGAGCAGACUCCAUGCCAACAAACAAAUAAUAACCCGAGCCAACAAACAAAUAAUAGCCCAAGCACUGUGAUAUUAUCACCACCACCAAUAUCUGAACAUGAUUGUAUUAUCGAAGGAUCUGGUGAUGAUGUCUUCAAGCAUCUCAUGCAGGAUUUAUUGAGCCAAGAUGAGACUUAUUUUGUGUACAAAAGCAAGAGGCAAGGGGCUGGUGCAACCUUGGAAAAUGAGGUAGACAGUGAAGAUGAAAGGAAGGAAGACACUGAAAUUCAACUUGAGCCUGAAAUGGAAAUGAAAUAUGAUGUAUUUUGUUCACCUCGGGUUAAAACUUUUAUUGAAACUGGUGACCCCAAAUUAGUUAGUCGUGUUAUAAGUACCAUGAAAAGGCUUGCCUGUGGUGAGACCAGUGUCAGACUUGGGAGAAAGAUGCAUUCAAAAAUAACAGAUACAAUUUUUCAUGGAAAUGUUGAUUCAGCGAAAAGGGUUAUUUGGCACAGGACAGUUUCGUAUUCUCCCAUUAGUAGAAGACACUGCGAGAUACUGGUUCUGUUAGAUGUAGUAUUGGAUCACAAAAAGUUGAACAAAGCUGUGAAAAAUGCAGAAAAUUGGAUCAAACGAGGCGAAGAAGAAGGAGGAAAGUAUGCAGUGAAGCUCACAUCAGAAGGUACUCCAUCAUUUUAUGAAGAAUCUGAUGAUUGUGAUUCAUCAGAAACAGUCCCAUUAAUGAUGAAAGAUGAUUAUGGGGCAGUGCCAAUUUAUUCUUUACCAGAAUAUGCUCUACAGGCCAUCAGAGCUGGAAUAUCCAGGAGAUUAGGUCUCCCUUUAAAAUUAUCUCGUGAAGAGCAUGAAAUUGUUUAUUUGCAUGAUGAUGAGAAAACUAUUGUGAAUUUGUCAUACCAGAAAGGUACAAUUUUAGUUGUUGGACGGUCUGGAACUGGCAAGACAACUUGUUGCCUUUCACGUAUGUGGGAAGAGUUUCGUCUUUACUGGGAAGUAGUUAAUGACAGCAAUGAUCCAAUUAUCCCUCGUUCAAUAAAGCUUCAAGCAGAAGUUAAAAUGGACCCUGAAAAAAUAGAAGAUGUCCCUGAAACUCAAAAAUCAACUGAUGGAGAAUCAACAGAAAGUUAUGAGCCACUGGAUUCAAGCAGUAGAGAGCCUUUCGAUGAAUCAGCAACAGAUCAAGAGCAGUCAGCCAAUGUUGAACAAAUUGUUGAUUGUGAUCAUUUGAAUCAAGUUUUUGUAACCAAGAGUCCUUUUCUUUGUCGAGAAGUUAAGCAUAGGUUUUUUGAUUUAGUCUCAAGUCACAAUUUAUUGCAGAAGCAUAAAGAUUUGGAACACAAACUACCAACUUCUUUAAAUGAUGUAAGUUUCCCUCUCUUUGUCACCUCAAGGGAUUUGUUGAUGUUAAUGGAUAGCACCUUACAGGAUCGCUCUUUCUUCCAUAGAAAGAAAGGAAAGCUUCUUGAUAAAAUUAAAAAUUCUGAACAAGCUUUUAAUGAGGAGGACAUUGGUUUAUUGAAUGAUACAGAUGAUGAGGACUCUGACUCAGAAGAUGAAAGUGAUACUGAAUUAGUAGAGGAAAAUAUUGCUGAUGAUAACGAAUUGAUUUCUGAAAAAGAAGUCAUAGAAGUCACAGCAUCAUUAUUUCAGAAUCUAAUUUGGAAAAAGAUAUCAUCAGGGCAAAAGAAAAUUGAUCCUAUUUUAGUAUGGCAAGAAAUCAAGUCUUUUAUUAAAGGUUCUGUUACUGCUCUCAAAUCUGAACAGGGCUAUCUCUCCAAAGAAGAAUACAUUUCAAUCGGUGAAAAGAAAGCACCAAAUUUUUUGGAAAAUAGAGAGGACAUAUAUGCAUUUUUCUUAGCAUAUCAGAAGUUUUGCAAGUCUCCAACAAAAAAUGUUGCUGAUAGUGUGAUUGAGCUAUUGGAUCAUUUCUUUAAGAACUCAUUUGACAGCAUACCACAAAAUAAUCAGCAUAUAUCUCAUCAAAAUGUGAAGAAUCUUCAAAAACCAUUGUUGCUAUAUUAUGAUGAUCCUGAUGAGUUAACUUAUAUGUUAGCUGGUAAUCAAUUUAACAGAGGACGGGAGAUUGAGUUUGGAGCUCACCAAGCAGUCAUUAUUCCAUCAAAAGAUACAUUGGUUCCAGAAUCACUAAAGAAAGCACUUGUCUUUACAGUCCUUGAAGCAAAAGGCCUUGAAUUCAAUGAUGUUUUGCUUUACAAUUUCUUCUCAGAGUCAAAAGUUAACGAGAAAAGUUGGGAACUUGUAAGUGCUUACACUUGCAUUCAUGUUGAAAGAUCUAGUGAAAAAAUAUCCAAAAAGCAUGACAGUACUCUUAAAAAAUAUGAUGAAUCAGAACACAAGAGUCUUAAUGCUGAAUUGAAAUGUCUGUACACUGCCCUCACACGUGCAAAAAGAAAUUUAUGGAUUUGUGACUUCUCUAGCCAUGGAAAAACCCAGCACCCAAUGUAUGAAUAUUUUCUGAAAAAAGGUCUAAUGAGAACAUUCACAUUAGAAGAUUCUGGAGCUAGUUUUACAGCAGAAGGAAGCACACCAGAGGAAUGGAAGAAAGCUGGAGAUUAUUUGAUGUCGAAACAAUUGUGGAAGCAGGCAAUGGUUUCUUAUAAACGAGCUCAAGCAAGAGAUCGCAUAUACCAAGUACUUGCUUUUAUGGAAGUUGAGAAACAGGAUUUUUUCAAGGCAGCAAUGUACUUCUUAAUGGCUGAUAAAGUUGAGCAUGAAAGAAAAGUGGUUUUAAAGGCUGCAAAAUGUUUAAGGGUGACAAAAUUCAAGUGCUCAAAGGAUGAAAAGAGACAGUAUUACAGCAAUAUUGCAAAACUAUUUGAAAGGCUUGGCAAAGUAAAUCAAGCUGGAGAAUUUUAUAUUUUAGCUGAAGACUUUGACAGUUUUAUAUUAAUGAGUGAACUAAAAAAGAAGUAUAACAGAGUUGUAAAGCAACUUCUGGGUCAUAACCAGAAAAUUUUAGCUCUGAGAAAAGCAGCAGAGUACAAAGACAAAGUUACUAUUAAAGGCUUUCAGAUUAAUAAGUUGGCUUAUGAUUGUGUCAGAUUUUACAUGUCAAAAGGAGACAGUGAGGCUGUAAGAGAAGCUAUCAAGCACCUUGAAAGCAGAAUUUUAAAAGCCAAAUAUCUAGAAAUAAAUUGUUUUUAUGAUGAUGUAAUCGAUCUACUAAUUGAGACAGGUGAUUAUGAAGAAGCCUUUAAACUUGCUUGGAGACAUGGGCUCUACAUCAAGGCAGCAGAUAUAACAAGGCGUGAGAGUGGAUCUCAAGAAAAAGAGGCUCAGUUUUUGCUUUGUGAAAUAUAUUCCAAUUUGCAUAGUGCAUCUAACCUUGUUGCUGCACAAAGUAUUCUUGAAUCCUUGAAAAAUCUGACAGAUAGAUGUUCUAGACAAUUGAUUGCUCAGGCAUUACUAGUAGAGGCCAAAAUUACCUGCAAUACUGAGACAUGCAAAAAGGCACUGGAAAUUUUUGAAGAGCUUCAUAAUGAAGGAGGUGUCUUUGAGUCAGUUAAUGUACUUCUUACAGUAUGUGAUAAGCCUAAUAUUCCUCCAGAAGAUAUACUGGAUUAUUGCUUGAGAGCAAUACGGCUAUCAAAAGUAUUUGGAAAAACUUCGAAAGAACUCUCUCGGGCUGAAUCUGGAUGGAUAUCAUCAUAUUUAAUGAUAAACCAAAUUCAAAAGCUUCCAAAUGGUCAGAUAUUUGUGCCACCCUCUCAAGGGUUUUGGCUUCCUAUUCAACAUUCCGCAAGUGAUCUUACACUCUUGGAAAAAGAAGUGCAUGCAAGAAUUCAAGAGCACUUGCAAAGUUGCUGUGUAAUUUGGUUAAGAAAUAGCCAUGCCAUAAAACAUACAUUAUCAAAAUAUACUCUUCAUAAACAAGUUCAACAGAAAGGUUUAAUACCAACUAGUGCAGUUUCAAUUUUUAUGCGAUAUCUUAAUAGGCUUAGCAUGAUUGUGGAAUUAGAUGUGGCUAUAAACUGUUAUCCAGAGUCUCAGAAUAUUUUAUCUAUAAUGUUUUCACCUUUAAGUGUUCUUCACAAUCAUGCCUGGAGACGAUUCCAAUUUCAACGUUUACAAACCUGUGUAUCUAUCACAGACUGCUUCAAAGCUGAUUUUGAUAAAAUUUUGAAGGAGCAAGAAAGCUGUGGUUUUUCUUCGUUUGACCAAUGCAUGCAAUUGUGGAGAUUAAGCUUGAUUGUGAACAGCAACACAAAAUUUUUACAUGAGAAUCUAAAAAAAUUCGUUUCUCCAUCGCAACAUGCCUUUCUUUUAUGGGUUAAUGCCACUUAUUUGCUGUCAGCUAAACAUAAAGUUUUGAAAUUUAUAGGCAUGGUUAACACAAUGCUAAGUGAAAUUGCUUUUUCACAUGAUAUUUUUCGCUCAAUAUCAGAUGAAAAUUUACUCUAUAUUGUGAUUAUACAAAGCCUUUCUUCUUUUUAUCUUAUUUCUUUGGCAUGGAGAAAAAACAUUUUUGUUCCACGUAUUUUUGAAUCUAUGAUGAAAAACUUCAAUUUCCUUGUACAACAAAGCAAGUAUCAAUAUUCUUUAAUGAAAGCCUGUGUUGAUGAAAGCUUGGAGAAUUUUAGAUACUCUUCUGAUGUUGGCCGUUUUGCAAUUUCACAGCUGCAAAAACUCCUUAAUCUCCUACUUCAAAUUAUCUUGCCCCGUGUCAUCAGCAACCAUGAUCAUACAAUAACAAGAUAUUAUGUUAUCUUGAUUCUGACAAUCUCUGUUAAUUUAAUCAUUGCUCGACCUACACUGGAAAAUGAAUCUGUUCAUAAAAAUUUGAUCCUUCUAGUAACAAAUUUGGAUUUAACUUUAAACAGAACAACAAAGCCACCUUUUGCUGAGAAAGUUUUCUCUAAUCUGAUUGAAGCUACUAAUCUUCCACAGAUUUUUGAAAUAAUUACUUAUCUCCUUCGAGAUGUAAAAAAUGUAGAAAUUCAACUAAUUUUUCCUAGCAUCCAGGGUAAUUUUUUGAAUUUUGAUACUGUGCGACAUCCAAGUUUUUAUCCAAGCAUUCGAUUGAGACAAAAUUUAAUAUCUAAUCAUCAAUUGAUUAAACAAGAUCAAGUAUUACAAGAGCCAGAACAAGAAGCUGAACAAGAAGCUGAACAAGAUAUGGAGUUCAUUGUGCUACAAGAGUCUGUCACAAUUCAAGUCCAGGAGCAGGAAGGCACCUUUACCAGCAAACUUAAAGAAAAUAUGAUUGAGAAUGGCAUAUGCAAAAUAUGUAACAUUAAUAUUCAAAAUACAUCAAGGUCAGGAAUGGUUGGUAGCAAGGAACUAGAUAGACAAGAUAGUACAGAAAAUGAAUAUGAAGCACAUAUUGAGAGUGAUGACCACAAAAGAAAGAAAGAAGAACACAACAGAUUCAGCACAGCAAUGGAAAAAUUUGAAUAUCAAAAAAGUAUUAUUUUAAAAGAGGUCCAGAAAUUGCAGAAAUCACCAAAAUUGUCACCUGAAGAUGAUAUUAAAUUGACACAAAUUAAUCACCAAAUAUCUGGUGUGCAUGCUGAAAUUGAAUCCAUAGCUCAUAUGACUACGACUACUUGGACCAUGUUGAUUGAGAUUAUUAGCAGUAAGAUUGAAGAACUACAGGAUAUACAUGACGAGCUUAAUAAAAUUCUGGGUAUUGAUCAAAAAGAUGAGGCAGAUAAUGAUGAAAUAGCAGAUUAUGCUAUCUCUUCACCUAUUGAUGAUCCAGACAUUAUGCAGGAGCUUUUUCGUGGUAAACAAAAAGAAAAAAAGAAAAGGAAAUAA